UGGAGUUUUUCCAUUUGCCCUAAGCUGGAGAUGGAGGGAAUGCUGCUGCUCCUUGGUCUUCCGGUGCUGUUUGCGCUCAUCGCCAUUGUCUUUUGGAGUCUCUAUGGCCGAUUUUCUCCAAAAUCUUCGAGCGCGGUCUCCGAUGAUCCUGUUGCUAAUGAUUCUGGCGCGUCGUCGAGCCACAGCGCUGGAAUCACGGCAGGGAGCCGGAGAAUGCGACGCAGGCCCGUCGCAGCAGCGUCAUCGUCCACCAACGGAGGAGAUGAAGAAGGGGAAUUGGAAGAAGACGGCGAAGAGAUAGGCUACUACACGGCCAAGAGCUCGAAGAAACGAGAGCAAAAGAAACAAGACAAAGAAGCACGCAAGCAGGCCGAGUCUGCCGCUCGAGAUCAUAAGAGGGAGAAGCAAGACAGGCACGCAGAGUUACGACGACGCAAAGAUGAAGAGCGUGAGGCUGAAGAGCAAAGGAAGGAGGAGGAGCUGAAAAUGCAAAAGGAGAACGAGGAGGCUGCUGCUGUCGAAGAGUUUGAUAUGUGGAAGGGAUCGUUCUCUGUGGACACAGAAGGCACAUCCGGCGAGAACACGGAGGAAGGCCAGAGCCUUAUCAACGACUUCGUUAAUUUCAUCAAGAAUCACAAGUGCGUAGCUUUGGAAGACUUAGCCGCGGAGUUCCACUUGCGUACGCAGGAAUGUAUCGACCGGAUAAUAUCCUUGGAACAAAUGGGGCGAUUGUCUGGUGUGAUGGACGAUCGAGGGAAGUUCAUUUACAUCUCUCCGGAGGAAAUGAAAGCGGUGGCGGAUUACAUAAAGCGAGAAGGCAGAGUGAGCAUCUCACAUCUGGCCAAGAAGUCCAACGAAUUUAUCGACUUGGAACCAAAACAGCAAGAGGUCGUCUUGGGGGACUUGGACGAUCCCUUCCACUACGAUUCGCCUCAAGCGAUCACAGUGGCUUGAAGAAAGAGAGCUUCUUCAAGCCUGGUGAGAGACGUAGACGUAAACGAAACAUGUACGGACGAUGUCCCGUGAACUAUAAACCUUUUGCCGUACAUCGUCACGGCCUGACUUGGCA